AUGCCAUGGAAUAUGACAACGUAUCCAAAUUUAUUAGGAAAUAGUAAACAAGAUGAUGCCGACGCGGAUAUGGCUGCUUAUCUUCCAUUAUUAAAUAUCAAUUGUUCAAAAGUUCUAAAAUAUUUUUUAUGUAGUGUUUAUACACCAAUAUGUUCUGUUAUUGUUGGCGCUGUUAAACCAUGUCGAAAUUUAUGUGAAGAGGCACGCCUGGGAUGUGAAAGAGUUAUGAUUCAAUUUGGUUUUUCUUGGCCAUCAUUAUUACAUUGUGAUCAAUAUCCAAAUGAGCAGCCAUGUUUUGAAGCACCAAAGGAUGGUCAAAUUAUAAAUCAAAAAUCAUCACAACAACAACAGCAAUCAUUUCAACGUGGCUCAAAAGGUGAUUUAGAAGAUUUUCAAUGUCCAUAUCAAUUUCGUGUAUAUAAUACAGAAUUAAAAUAUACAUUAAAAUUUAAUUCUUAUUUACAUGUUGAUAAUUGUGGUAUGCCAUGUAAACAAAUGUUAUUUAAUAUGGAUGAUCAACAACAUAUUAAAAUAAUUCGUUAUUAUGUUGGAAUAUUAGCGAUAUCUUGUAUGAUUUCUACGCUAUUUACCAUUUUUACAUAUUUAAUUGAUAUGAAACGUUUUUCUUAUCCCGAACGACCAAUUCUAUUUUUAUCUCUUUGCUAUUUUCUAUUAUCUAUAGCAUAUUUAAUUGGUUUUAUUGAUUAUUUUUUCGAUUCAACAAUAAGCUGUAAUAGAGAUGAUUUAAGUUCAAUUGAUGGAAUACAACAGCAGCAAUCCUUGACACGUUUAACACCAAUUGAAAAAGAUACUAAUAGUGUAGAUAACGGCAGGGGGGUUCGAUUAUUAGUUCAAGGUACACAAAAUAAAUGGUGUGUUCUUACUUUUCUAUUAAUUUAUUUCUUUGGUAUGGCAUCGAUGGUCUGGUGGGUGAUACUAACACUAACAUGGUUCAUGGCAGCUGGAUUAAAAUGGGGUCAUGAAGCAAUUGAAGCACAAUCGGUCUAUUUUCAUUUGGCAUCGUGGGCAAUACCAACGGUGAUGAGUGUGGCAUUAUUAGUUAAAAAAUCGAUUGAUGGUGAUUAUAUAACAGGCACCUGUUAUACAGGUUUAACUGAUUUAUAUGUACAACGGGGCUUUUUAUUAGUUCCGAAUUGUAUUUUUAUUCUUGUUGGACUAUGCUUGUUAUUAAGCGGUUUUAUAUCGGUAUUCAAAAUUCGAAACGUUAUGAAACAUGAAGGAACGAAAACAGAUAAAUUAGAAAAAUUUAUGGUUCGCAUUGGCUUAUUCAGUGUCAUUUAUGUUCUACCUCAAUUGAUUAUAAUUGCUUGUCUAGUAUACGAACAAAUAAAUUAUAAUGAUUGGCUGCGUUGGUGGAAAAGAAGGUUAUGUGAUGCAAAUGAUUCAAAUUAUAUUUCAUAUUUAACAUGUUCAUCGAUACAGACACCAGCAACACAAACACAAUUAAAUGGACCUAAAUAUGAAAUAUUUAUGCUAAAAUAUACUUUUCAAACAAGCAAUGGAAAUGAGUUUGCUGGAGUGAAUCAUUCUGUUAGAUAUUUAUUUCGAAAACAUAAAAAUGAAUCAUCUGAUAUCAACAUCGACCAAUGGCUUGAAUGGGAAACAAGUGUAUUUCAACCUGCACUUUUGCGAACUAUUUCAUCAAUACCGUCGGACGAUAAUGAUUUGCAAGCACCACUAAAACAUUUGAAUCAAUAUGGACAAUUGACGAAUAACGAGAAUUUAACAUCAGCGGAUGUUUGUCUGUGGGCUACAUUAUCGUUGCUUGAUGAUACACAGCGAAAAAAAUUAUUGAACACAUAUCCAAAUAUUUCUAAAUGGUACAAUGAUCGUGCAAUCAGUCUUAAAAGUUUUGUGCAAAAAUUUCAAGAUAUGAAUAUUAAAAAAGAAAAAACAUCAGGAAAAACGGAUAAAACAAAUAGCCAACAAGAAAUAGCUUCAAAACCAAAAGAUGAUCAUCAACAGCAAGUAGCAACAAAAGCACAAAAACAACCUAAAACAGGCGAUCAGUCGGCUCAAUCUUCAAAAAAAAAAGAAAAAACACAACAACAACACCAGACAGAGAAUAAAAAAGAUGUCAAUCCAGCAGCCGUUGCUCCCGAUGAAUUUUUGUUUACUCAAACAUCUGAACAAAUUGAAGCUUCUAUUCGCAAGUGGAAUAUAAAUGCAGAAAUACUCUCAACAAUAAAUCCAAAUGAAAAAAUCAAACCGAAAUCUGGUGUAAAAAACGUUUUAGUUACAUCGGCAUUACCCUACGUUAAUAAUGUUCCUCAUUUGGGAAAUUUAAUUGGUUCAUUAUUGAGUGCUGAUGUAUUCGCUCGAUACUGUCGUAUUCGUGGUUAUAAUACUCUUUCAAUAUGCGGUACGGAUGAAUAUGGAACAACUACAGAGACAAAAGCACUUGAAGAAGGAUGUACACCACAACAGAUUUGUGAUAAAUAUUAUAAAUUACAUUGUGAAAUAUAUGAUUGGUUUCAAAUUAAAUUUGAUUAUUUUGGACGAACAUCAACCAAAAAACAAACAGAAAUAGCUCAAGAUAUAUUUUGGAAAUUGCAUAAUCAAGGUUACAUAUUGAAAGAUAAAGUGGAACAGUUAUACUGUGCGAAGUGUAAAAGAUUCUUAGCUGAUCGAUAUGUUGCUGGUACAUGUCCUGAUCCAAAAUGUAAAUUUCCCGAUGCACGUGGAGAUCAGUGUGAUAAAUGUGGUAAAUUGAUAAAUGCUGUUGAACUUAUACAACCAACAUGCCAAAUAUGUAAAAAUUCACCCGAAAUUAAACAAUCGGAUCAUUUGUUUCUUGAUUUACCCAAAUUAUCCGAUACUGUUCGUUCGUGGUUUGAAAAAUCAGUAACUACAGGACAUUGGACAAAUACAGCUAAGACAAUAACUGAAGCAUGGCUAAACGAAGGUUUAAAACCACGUUGUAUAUCAAGAGAUUUAAAAUGGGGUACUCCGGUACCGCUCGAAGGUUAUACGGAUAAAGUAUUUUAUGUUUGGUUUGAUGCGCCUAUUGGCUACAUAUCAAUUACAGCUAAUUAUACAGAUGAGUGGAAACAAUGGUGGCACAAUCCUGAACAAGUUGAAUUAUAUCAAUUUAUGGCCAAAGAUAACGUACCAUUUCAUAGUGUCAUAUUUCCGAGUUGUCUAUUGGGUACAAAUGAUAAUUAUACAAUCGUCGGUAAUUUAUCCGGCAUUGAUUAUUUGAAUUAUGAAGAUGCAAAAUUUUCUAAAAGUAGAGGUUUGGGUGUGUUCGGUGAUCAUGCAAAAGAUACGGAUAUUCCAGUAGAUAUAUGGAGAUUUUAUUUGCUGUAUAUAAGACCUGAAACGCAAGAUAGCACAUUUUCAUGGGAAGAUUUAGCAAUGAAAAAUAAUUCUGAAUUAUUGAAUAAUCUAGGAAAUUUUGUAAACAGAGGUUUAUCAUUUUGUGAAAAAAUUUUUAAUGGACAAUUACCGGAAAUUCACUUAGAUGAUCUUGAUAGAAAGUUGAUAGCACAAAUAACACAUGAAUUAGAACUAUAUACUGAUGUUAUGGAUAAAACAAGACUUCGUGAUGGUUUAAAAUCAAUCUUGAAAAUGUCAGGUUAUGGAAACAAGUAUUUGCAAUUGAAAACACCGUGGAUCAAAUGCAAAGGAACAGAGGAUGAAAAAAAAGAAGCUGGUACAACGAUAUCGGUUGCUAUAAACCUUGUUUAUUUAUUAUCAGUUUUACUUGAGCCAUACAUGCCAUUAACAAGUCUUACUAUAGAACAACAACUGAAUAUAUCUCAUGACUCACCAAAAUAUGUUGUUGAUGGGGCGUUCCAUUGUUACUUGAAACCCGGUCAUAAAAUUGGUCAAGCAGUACCACUAUUCAAACGUAUUGAAAAAGCAACAGUCGAACAGUUGAGACAACGUUUUUCUGGAAAACAGUAG